AUGAAUACUGUCGACCUGGAUGUGGAAAAUGCGGCACUUGAACAGGUAUUCAGUUGAUUUUACCUUCAAGAAUGUGUAGAUAAAUUCUGAUAUUUACAAUUAAAGUAUAUCUUUAUCAAAGUGGAGGCAAUUAUAACUUUAAUAGUACUGGUUGUUUUCCUUCACGCCACAGAAAUCUGUCCGUGAGCGAACAAUCCUUUUCGAAACUAACUAAUUCUCAUUCUUUCUCAUCCACGAUUGUUCUUUCGAAAUGUGUUCAUCGAUGCACAAAUUUAUUAUAACAUCUAAAAAUUUUUUUCAGGUCGCUGCGUUACUGCAACGGCCAGAUCAACUCGAGAAGCUUGCCGAGUUGAAGAAACGCGCUGAUAGAAAAAAGGUUUGUCGUCGAAUCUCAAAGAGGAAAAAGGUAGCCAAGAGCAAGUUGUGUGCAAAAAGCCUUAUACAAUCGCCUCGGUUUCGCGUCAACGGUUAUCUUUCAAGCUGGCGGUGGAGGCGAUGCUCAGGACUGGAGUCCAGGGACAACUUGAGGGGAUCCGCACGGCGAUCGCACAUCUGCAGACGGCCAGCGAGGACAUCGUAGCCAUCGGCAACGGGUUUUUCGAAACCUGAACAACGCUGCAGCUGCAAGUUGGCCUGCUUGCACGUGGCCUUUUGAAUCAAAAUGGAACUCUCGUCUGAUUUUCCUAUGGAUUUUUUCAAAUCUAUCACUGGCGGGCUUCAUUUUGGAAAAGCUUGUGUUCUCAAGAGCAAUUUUUCAUGUGAAAUUCAGCAAUUGAAUGUCUGAAUUAAAACAAACUUUGCGCUCUAUAAAAAAACCUAGAGCCUUUAAUAAGACGGUGAUUUGAAAAAAAAAUUAUCAAGAAAAAAAAGUCGGAAAAGGAUUAAUCGGAAACUUCUCCGUCAUAAAGUGCCCUAGCGAUAUGAAAAAUCGGAAAAGUCGCCGUUCGAAUUUUCGCUGGUCUUUUUUUCAUACCACCAAUAAGACAAGGGCUUAAAAUGUGGUGAGUCUCUGCAAGUUUCGUAAGCCUAGGUUUCAAACAUGUGUUUGUUUCUGCUUUUAUUCUAAUCCAACUUGACCACACAGCUUUCAGAAUGGAACGGUAACACUAAAAAGCUUUGAUAGAACUAAGAUUGUCGGCUCUUUCAAUGUCUUCUCCCAAAUUCCUCGUUCAAACAGCAAAUUAGAUAGAUUGUGGUAUUUUGCAGGGUCGACGCGAUUCGGAAGCGGCUCGAACCGUUCCCGGCGCUGAAAGAGAAGCUCGGCGAGCUGAGAGAUGCCAACGCGCUCCAUGGGCAAUACGCGGCGGCGAUGGAGAACCUCAAGCACAUCUUCAACGUCAACCAAACGUUGGAGGAGACGAGGGAAGCGUUGGAGAAAGGCAAAUUGCUCUUGGCCCAUCGCAAGUUUGUCUUUUUGUCUCAAAAGAUAGUGUAACCGCUGGAGCGGACUUGGCUGCUUGAUAUUCGAGAUCAGAGCCGACCAAAUUCAUUUUGUUAUUUUAAGAAAGAAAUAAGAAAGUGAGAGGUUGACAAGAAGAAAAGAACACUGUUUUGGUUUUUUAAGUUACUAACUAGGGCAUGGUCUCCGCUCGACAACGAGUUGAGAAUUGAGAUUUUGUGGGUGGAUAGGCCUAGGUAAGAGUACUCGGAAUCAAAAAUAAAAUUCUGCUAAACCCCAAAGGCGGCUGAGGAAAAGCUCGUCGAAAUUUUCCCAGCGCGUAUAUGGCCGCGCUCGGAGCCUUCGGCUAGCAACUGGCGGCGUGGUGUAGUGGGUUGUGGUCAAAUUUUACAAUAAAAAAUCCCAAUAAAAACAAAAUACUGAUUUGAAUUUUUUUUUUUUCUACUUAAUGGGCAAACGAUAAAGAAAAACGAUAUUUUUUUAUGAAAAUCCACGAAUCACGAAAAGCGAUUGCCUGUCUUUUUGGACACGUGUGUACUAAACGGAAACACAAUACCACAGUAAAAAAACAAAAAUGAAACUUUUCCGUUCGGUUCCGCGUUGCAGGUGUCAGAAGAUAUGGCGUUUUUUUGAAGAUUUCAACAGAAAAUUGCGCGGAAUGAGGCAUGAGAAAAUUAGUAGAGAUAAAAGUUUUCUACAAGUUUUGAUGUAAACUUUUGUAAAAAAUAUCCCAAAAAUGUGAAAGGAAUAAAGAGCCGGCAAAAACGAUUUCCGCCAAAAGGAUUCGAACAAUGGUCCCAAUAUUGAUAGUGCACAAGACCACAACCCACUACACCACGCCGCCAGUUGCUAGCCGAGCGCGGCCAUAUACGCGCUGGGAAAAUUUCGACAAGCUUUUCCUCAGCCGCCUGUGGGGUUCAGCAGAAUUUUAUUCUUGAUUCCGAGUACUCUUACCUAGGCCUAUCCACCCACAAAAUCUCAAUUCUCAACUCGUUGUCGAGCGGAGACCAUGCCCUAGUAAGGGGCUAACACAAAUUCGAUCAAAAAAAAAGAAUUUUGAGUUAUCGGACGGAAAAAUAUUUUCAAAAAAACUUAGAUUUCCAAAAUGAAACUCGUUCUCCAAAGCCUUCUGCUCUUGAUCAAAUGUCCCUCCAAGAAACUGUACAAAGCCGGUAACAAAUUCCAUCGAAAAAAGCUUUAUUUCAGUAUCAUGGAUUUGGAACGUGCUCGUGACGAACUCCUUGCUGAAGUCCACAAAAUGUCAACGGGAAACACCAACUACGAGAAAAAUGUUUGCGAUUCAGUAGUGGAGUUUUGUUUCUAGAUUCAUUUAUUUUCAGCUUCUCGUCAACUUUUUCAAAGGCGUCGAUGGCGUCGUCGCCGCGUUGGGUAGCAACAUGUGGUUCAUUCUGGGUCGCACGAUGGAAAUGGUCAAGGUUUUCGGCUAACCUUUUUCGUGCGCAUCCUGGAAACGAAACAGGGUUCUAAGCGCUUAAAAGCUGAGGACUUUCAGAGGGGUCCCUAUAGGAGUUAGGGGAAUAAACAACCUUUAUAGGGGCCGAAAAAGUAGUUCCCAUAGGGGUUUCGGGUCAGUCCCCCUUGCCCCUAAAGCUCGAGUGGAUCCUUUAGGAUUUUUUCAAUUUCAUUCAGAAAACGCUUAUUUAUUCAGGCUUCUCGUGGAAAUACUCUUCGCUUAGAGCUUGGCAAAAAAAAUUAUCGAUAAAUUAAAAAAAAAAAAUUUAAUUUAAGAUUUCUUUCAAAGCCCGGCCUGGCCCGAGCCCGCGGAGACUUUUUCAAAACUGUAGGCCCGAGGCCCGGGCCAGCCGGCCUGACGCACAUCGAAAGAGAAAAAAAACAAUUUUUUUAGGGUAAUGAGAGUGGAGGUGGACCGCAGGAAGUCGUGAGCUGCUUGAGGAUUGUUGAGCGCGAGGAGAGGUUUUGCACAAGCUCUCUAUAAUUCUUUCGAAUGUUCUGUAGGAUCGAUAAGUUCUACAUGGACAAUCAGAAAGCAAAUGCAAACGCAUUUGUGCCGCCUGGUCGACCCAGAAAAUGGAAGCAAAAAACUUUAGAAGUGCGUUUUUUUUUUCAAAAUUUUUCAUUGAAAAAACAUGUACUGAAAGAUGAGAAGUUCCAAAUAGGGCCUAUCCAGAGGAUGAACCGAACGAAAAUCUAUGGUUGAGUCUCUCUUUGCGCAUUAAAAGAAUAAAUUGCUCUGAAUUUAGUCUAUCAAUUUAUAGGUACUCGAGAAAACCGCCGUGUUUCGUAUUGAAGGAAACCAACUGGAAGACAAUAAAACGCUGAAUAAAGCUUGGUUAGCAAGGUUUGUUGAAGCGAAAAGAAACGAGAACGUAUCAGUUUGACGAUAUUGGCCCAAAAGAGAACUUGCAGGUACUUGGAAGUUUGCAGAAAGGUGAUCCUCGAAGAUUUGCAAUGCGCCAAGGCGGCCAUUCCUUGUUUUCCGCCAGAGUAUCAAAUUUACGAUCGUUUGGUUCACAUGUACCACAACGCCGUCUGUAAAAGAGUUGGGCAGUUUGAUCUCUUUUCAAAGUCACCAUCUCUCACAAACGAUUCUGACCGUUUUUUCAGGUCCGCGAAAUCGCCGCGGACGGUCUAGAAAAGAGCGAACUCGUACAGCUCAUGAGUUGGAUUCAAAUCUACGGGUUGGCUUUGACAUUUUGAUCGAUAAAAAUUAACACGCUGUCUCCGUUAUUCUCAAAAACAACGGGUACAAUAAAAAAAUAUUUUUUGAUUCCGAUGAAACUUCAUCUAUUGUGAUAACCCCUCCUCAGGAAUGCGGACCCAACUUUUUGAGCCAUUUCCUCUUACUGUAGCCGGGUUACUGUAGCCAGGUGGGCACCUGCGUAUCUCAGUAUUGAAGAGUUUUUAGUAGACAAGUGAUAUAUCAAUCGAUAGGUAAUCCAAUUUUGAAAACUUUUACAUUACAUACCAUCUUGGGUUACUGUGGGAGAAUUUUGAGUUACGGCACUUUUUGCGUCUGCCGAGUUAGUUUUUCGACCACCACGAGCUUGAGCCGAGAGAUCCAUUCUUCCUAGCUCUUCAAAAGAUACCUUAUGAGAAGCUGUACAAGCUGGUACUAGUUUGAAAAAAUCCUAGGUGGACCAUCAUUUCGAAAAACCUCCCCGAAGGCGCGCAAUCGUGGUCUUGCGGCGGUCAAAUGGGGGAAGUCCAUGACGCCUGACGGCUCAUUCUUCACAGAUCCAUUCUAAACUUUGUUUCCAUUUCACUUAUAGAUAGCUAUUAAUGGUUUUUAUUACAACUUGAGAUGAUUUCAGGUUGACCAUCAUCUCGAAAUUUCAUUUUGAACCCAAAUUUGGCCUGAAAAUGGCCUGCUCGCCUUUUUCCACGGGUUCCCUGUCCCCAGCUGAGAGAGUUCUCAACUUUUUUCUUCCUGAAACAUGGAUUACAGUAUCUGAACUGAAGAUUGAGGACAAUCGGAAGCCAUUUUGAGAGGACCAUCAUCUCGAACUCUCAUUUUGAGCCCAAAUUUGGCUUGAAAACUUUUGGUUUACCCUUCCAAUGAGAUUAUUGGUUCCAUCAAUACAGAUCUUGGCCCUUUUCAUUUUUUAAAGAUAGUAUAAACAUGAGAACUGAAAAUAAAUUUUUAUUUUUGGACCAAUUCCAAAAUGACUGUUUACCUAGGAAACCCACUUUUUAAAUAAAAAUUUCGCUUGAAAAUCGACAUAUUUUUUUCGAAAUCGAAAUCUAUUCUGCCAAUUUUUUUCAAAAACAAGAAAUCAAAAAAAUGAGAACUGUGAAAUGCCAAGAAAUUUUCCUCAUAAAAGAAAAAACCUGACACUCUGACCACCGGUGAGGUUGAAACUUAACUUUCAAGCUGAUGUUUUAUAAAUUUUUUUAAAUUAUAACCUAAAUAGUAGUUCUGGAUCUUCAGAACUUUUUCAUACCUAAAAAAACAAGACAUUCGUCUUGUGACUAUUUUUUUGUGAAAAACCAAAAAAAUAUUUCGAUUUUUCAAGCGAAAUUUUUAUUUAAAAAGUGGGUUUCCCAGGUAAACAGUCAUUUUGGAAUUGGUCCAAAAUAAAAUUUAUUUUCAGUUCUCAUGUUUAUAUUCUCUUUAAAAAGUGAAAAGGGCCAAGAUCUGUAUUGAUGGAACCAAUAAUCUCACUGGAAGGGUGAACCAAAAGUUUUCAAGCCAAAUUUGGGCUCAAAAUGAGAUUUCGAGAUGAUGGUCCUCUCAAAAUGGCUUCCGAUUGUCCUCAAUCUUCAGUUCAGAUACUGUAAUCCAUGUUUCAGGAAGAAAAAAAUUGAGAACUUUCUCAGUUGAGGACAGGGAACCCGUGGAAAAAGGCGAGCAGGCCAUUUUCAGGCCAAAUUUGGGUUCAAAAUGAAAUUUCGAGAUGAUGGUCCUCUCAAAAUGGUUUCCGAUCGUUAUAAAACUGUUGUUCAGACACUCUUGUUCAUGUUUCAGAAAGAAAAAAGUUGAGAACUCUCUCAGCUGGGGACAGGGAACCCGUGGAAAAAGGCGAGCAGGCCGUUUUCAGGCCGAAUUUGGGUUCAAAAUGAAAUUUCGAGAUGAUGGUCAACCUGAAAUCAUCUCAAGUUGUAAUAAAAACCAUUAAUAGCUAUCUAUAAGUGAAAUGGAAACAAAGUUUAGAAUGGAUCUGUGAAGAAUGAGCCGUCAGGCGUCAUGGACUUCCCCCAUUUGACCGCCGCAAGACCACGAUUGCGCGCCUUCGGGGAGGUUUUUCGAAAUGAUGGUCCACCUAGGAUUUUUUCAAACUAGUACCAGCUUGUACAGCUUCUCAUAAGGUAUCUUUUGAAGAGCUAGGAAGAAUGGAUCUCUCGGCUCAAGCUCGUGGUGGUCGAAAAACUAACUCGGCAGGCGCAAAAAGUGCCGUAACUCAAAAUUCUCCCACAGUAACCCAAGAUGGUAUGUACUGUAAAAGUUUUCAAAAUUGGAUUACCUAUCGAUUGACAUAUCACUUGUCUACUAAAAACUCUUCAGUACUGAGAUACGCAGGUGCCUACCUGGCUACCGUAACCCGGCUACAGUAAGAGGGAAUGGCUCAAAAAGUUGGGUCCGCAUUUCAGAUGACGGACAAUUAUACUGGAUGAAUAUUCAUCUAAAUUAAGCAAUAUUUUUUUUAUUUUACCCGUUGCUUUUAGAACCUUGAGAAUAACGGAGACAGCGUGUUAAAUUCUUCUUACGACUCUGUAGCGCUUGUACGGCGUCGGUGCCCCAAAUCCUGUUCUCAGUAAUAAUCAGUGGACUCUCCUGGUAUAAUCGUCCUUGUUUGUGAUGGCUGAGGGUUAUGAAUCAGGAUGCCUCUUACAAUAAAGUGGAAAAAGAUUUUUCGCCAUUUUCCUGAAAAUAGAAAAGUCCUUAAAAAGCUACGAUAUCAUUUAAUUCGACUUUAUAUGAUGUAAUUGGGCUUUAUAAGAAGAUUCGGAUAGAGAAGAGAAGAAACUAUUCCAGUCCGAAAAAGACUAAUUGUAGUCAUUUACGAGUUUCAGGAAAAUGGCGGAAAACCAUUCUCCACUUUAUUGCAUACGGCCUAGUGUUGCACGAGAUUUUUUUGGGACUAAGACGAAGUCUCUAAAAAUUUUCGAGAUGAGAUUGUACAGGGUGCGCGCAAAUUAUGGAAGAAAAUUUUGACGCGCUCGGAUGCAAGGCAUCCUUAAUUUCAUUUGUUCUUUUUUUGUUUAUUGGAUUUGUUGCACCUUUAUGCAUGUUUUGAUAUAAAAAUUAUUGAAAGUUUAUUACGACUUCACAGAAUGACGCGUCAAAAUUUCUUGCGACCAGCAAUUCUGAAAUUUCAUGAAGACGGUCCUAGCAACUCUUUUAUCUCCCCAUAACUUGGCGUCCGCUCGUUCUUGGUGUCCAAAACUAUCAAACGUUUCAAUGUGUUUGGCACAACAAAAAACCACCCUCCGAAUGGACGACCGGCCACUGCUACAUCUGCAGGAAAUUCAAAAAGUUCCACGACUUCAUCAGUCAAAAUCCGAGAAGGUCUAUCAGGAAAAUCGCUGAGAAGAUGAAGAUAGAUUGGACGAGCGCCCAGAAAAAUUUCACAAAUAAACUGCAUAUGAAGCAGUUCAAGAUACAGGAAGCACACAUCCUGAGCAAUCCUAUGAAAGCCACAAGGGUCGAUCGAAGUCGCGAGUUGCUUUUUCGCUUCUCGCUGGCGGAGCUCCGCGAUAUCGACUUCAAAGAUGUAAAACUUUUUACGGUUGAAGUAGCCGUGAAUCGUCAAAACUUUAGGAUCAUUGCCCCCAACGUUCAAGCUUCCAAUUUUAGUUGAAGAAUUGUCACUUUUCCAAUCAUCGUUUGGGCUCCAAUCACGCUACGAGCAAGCUUCUUUUGGUUUUCGUGCCGCAAAACGUCAAGGUCAACGCAACUAUGAAAAAGACGUUUCGCAAAAGGCACUGCUCCCAUGAGCCGGGUGAAACUUUGGAGACCGGCUAUGGAUUUUCCGACAAGAUUAAGGGGCCGAAAUCCUUAAACAGUGGUGCAAGACGUAGCUUUCUGGCUUCAUGGACUCUUCAGAAUGGCCGCCCUAGUCGCCGGAUCUGAAUCCGAUGUACUACUCGAAACUUGAAUAAAACCAUCUUGGACGCCAAAAAGCUGAUAAGGUAAACCUGAGAGAGUGACUAUAGAAAAAAUUUCACUUCUACUCGAACUGUUCGGAAUUUUUCGUUUGAGAAGAGAUCUCGAAAAUGUUUCGUGCACCCCUGUAUUCGUAAUUUUUCCCCUACCCCUUGAUUAGGCCGCGGCGUGGAUCGAACUUGUGUUCCUUCGGACCAGAGGUAGGCCCCAUACAUCGACUGGAUCCCACCCCGGGGUGCGGCCUACCCCCUGCAAACUGCGGCCUACUCCUCAAAAAGUGCGGCCUAUCUCAGUACAUUUUGAAAUUUGUUCUUCGCGCGCAAAAGGUUGGGGCGGGAUAUAGCCUGUGUAUGAUAGGCACACAACCUAUUGCGCUACGGCGCGCAUGAACAUCGAAUAGAUUGUAAACAUGUAAGGUCUUGGGUUUGACAGAGGCGAAGAACUUCUGGGCAACAUGCGCUUGAAAAUCAACGCUGCGGCUUUGCUCCAGGACUACCCAGUCUUGCCGCGAACGACACUAAACGAUCUAUGUGACUCGUGAGUUUUCCUUUCUUCUUCGUUCUGAUCAUUUCGAUCAAAACCUCUCCUCUCACCGAAGGUUGUAAUUUUCAGGUUUGUUGAAAUGACGAGAAAGGAUAUGAAAACUUGGCUCGAGAACACGGUUUCGGCUGAGAAGGAUGUUGGUUUUAUUCUUCUUCUUUUUCUACGUUUGACUAGAAAUUUUUAAUUUUCAGGACUGGUAUAAAAACGUACGCCCUGAUGAGGAUAACAAUGGGUAUUUCUACACAAGUCUGCCAAACAUCUUGUUUGGAAUGCUCAAAGAUACGGUUCGUGUGUUUUCUUUUCAAGCUGAGCUUUUUGAUUUUUCUUAAUCAAAACGACUCUAAAAAUUAAAGGUUGAAAAAACGGAAGUAACAAAAAAAAAUGGCUCUCUUGCCUCGGUAAACUUGACUUAAAGAAGUUCUUUUAAGGAAAUCAAAGAAGUAUGAAAAUAGAUGUGGAUCAUGGAUGUACGAAUUCGGUCUUGUAGCUUUUUUUUUCUCACUUCCAAUAAGCUUUCUUUUUCGGUGGCUUGUGGAUGAUUUUGGGCUAUUCUGGACCCUUAUUUCUUUAACCUCAUCCUCACCUUGUACCGUCUAGAGCUUUAUUCAGUUUGUGUAAUGUCCGCGCCGUAUACAAAUGUCUAGAAUCAUCUCAUUAGAAGCCUAGUUGGGAACUCAAAUUGCAACUUCUUUUCUUGCAUUUUCUUAUUCACGUUUCAAACCCCUACGUCAUUUCCUUUUUCUUUGACUUAGCUCACUUAUUCUGUCAUAGUAGAGCCGUGGAAAUUUUUGUGAUAUAAUCGCUCUGAGAAAAAUUUUAAUGCUACCGGUAUUUAGGUAAAAUUUUUAGAGAAGCUGAAAAGUUCAGGUGAGUCAAAUGAUGAGGACUUAGAGAGGUAAAACUUUUGGCUAAACUCCAUAAAAAAAGACAAUUCGGUAAAAUACUCGUAAAUUUCCUUGAGCAAAAGAGCCUUGGGAUAGUAUCCAAGCGUACACAAAUAUUAUGGAAAUGUCAGAAAGGGAGCCGCUGUUUGCUUUUCUGACUAUCUUUUUUGAAAUGCUUGGCCUUGAACUUGGCCAACCUAAAAAAAAUGUUUUGUCGUUCUUUCUACUGAAAGCUGAAUCAGAAAAGUUUUUCACAAGUGGCAAUUUUGAUUUUCGAAACAAUGGAAGUCAAUAGUUUUUGAUUUGAGGACGGGGAAAUGCUUUCUCCUGUUCGCUAAAAGUGUGCCGGUACUUGCUUGCUAGCAGUGAUGAGCCUCAUUGCUUAUGAGUCGAGUAUGUCUCACUCGGCUCGGAAAACAUCACACGUGGGUGUCUUCUCCUUCUGCACCGGAGGAGCGUUCCUCCUUUUCUUUCCCGUCGAGCUGAGUAACUAA